AUGUCUACAUUGCAAGAACUUAUUGCUUUUGGAAAGGACUUGCACUAUGAAGGGGAGCAGUUACAGGACUUUGUCCGAGAUCAGCAAGCCCAAGCCAGAGAGGAACGGGAGAAAGAACGUGCUUUUCGGAUGGAAGUAGAGCAGAAGAACGUCAUUCUGGAACAGGCUAAGCUUGAAGCAGAGAGGGAUGCGAGAGCGGAAGUUCAGCAAGAGAAAGAACACCAGAGGAAAUUGGAACUCCUACGAGCAGAAGGUGGCGAGAACACAAGUGUCCAUUCCGACAGGGAAACUGCUGUUCGAAGAGGUCCGAAAUUGCCAGCAUUCGAUGAGACACGAGAUAAUAUGGACGCCUACCUCCAGAGGUUUGAACUCUAUGCUAGGGCGCAGAAGUGGGAACAUAGCCAGUGGGGAGCGAACCUCAGUGCAUUGUUGAAGGGAAAAGCUCUGGAAGUGUUUUCGCGUCUACCGGUUGACAAGGCUUUAGACUAUGAGGAGUUGGGGAAGGCACUUUUGCAAAGGUUCGAAAAGACCGAAGAAGGUUUCAGGAAAUUAUUCCGGACAGCCAGACCUGAAGGAGGAGAGACAUUCUCGCAGUUUGCCUCACGCUUACAGAAUUAUGUUGAACGCUGGGUGGAAUUGAGUAAGACUGGUAAGACAUACGAACAGUUGAGAGAUCUUAUGCUGAGGGACCAAUUCAUCCACUGCUGUGGACAGGAUCUUUCUCUUUUCCUGAAGGAGAGGUCACCAACAUCAAUCAUCGACAUGGCGAGAUUAGCAGACCAGUUCGUGGAAGCAAGAGGAACCAGGGCAAACCAGGUGAUUUCUAAAGGCCAGAAGACGGGUACUAGUAAGCCACAUAGUUCCGGAACAACUGAGGCGCCUGUGUCAAGAGCUCCAACGAAGGAUAAGAAAUGCUACAACUGUGGUAAGCUUGGACAUAUAUCUUAUGAAUGCCGUGCCAAGAAGAAUGCUUCUGGGAGUAAGGUUGCUGCUCUAGUUGACCAGCAGCAUAGGAAAGAGAAGGAUAGCGAUGAGUCCAUGCCUGUGAAGAAAGGAUAUAUUGGGGACCACAGCGUGACGGUGCUACGUGACACUGGAUGUAGCGGUGUUGUGGUAAGGAAAUGUCUCGUUGACGAAGGAUGUUUCACAGACAGAGUUCAAGUAUGUACGUUCGCCGAUGGUUCGAAAUUACAGACACCUGUUGUUACAGUGGAGGUGGAUUCCCCGUACUACAAAGGAACAACCGAAGCCUGGGCUCUGGAGACUCCACUGUACGAUCUUAUCAUUGGAAACAUUCCUGGAGCAUUACCUCCCAACCAACCUGACCAGAACUGGAAGAUGAGGGAACCUGACGUUCAAGCGGUGGUGACACGUGCGCAGUCAAAGAAGAAGGAUCAACCAUACAAACCACUGAAGGUGCUGGAUCUUGUUACAGACAUUGGAAGUGUUGUGGAUUUGAAGGAGGAGCAACAGAAAGAUCCGUCUUUGGAGAAGUUUAGGAAACUGGCGGCUAAAGGAGAAAUAUACGAGCGAGAUGAUGGAGGAUCUUCCACCAUCUUUUAUCAGAAAGGGAUCAUGUACCGUAAGUUCCAUAGCCCAAGGGUGAGAAAUGGUAUGACCUUUCGUCAGCUGGUUGUUCCGGCAAAGUAUCGCGAUAUAGUGAUGAGAUUGGCACAUGACUCCAUGAUGUCGGGACACUUGGCAGCUAAGAAGACUACCAACAGAGUUCUAUCGGAGUUCUUCUGGCCUGGUAUUCAAGCGGAAGUUAUUCGGUUUUGUAGAUCCUGCGACAUAUGCCAGAGAACAUUUCCGAAGGGGAGGGUGCCGAAGGCUCCACUUGGUGACAUGCCUCUUAUUGACACUCCAUUUAAGAGGAUCGCUGUGGAUCUUAUUGGACCACUGGAACCGGCUACAGACCGAGGGAACCGAUUUAUUUUGACGGUCGUGGAUUAUGCCACUCGAUACCCCGAAGCAGUCGCACUGAAGAGCAUUGAGACGGAGAGAGUAGCUGAGGCGCUCAUCGAUAUUUUCAGCCGAGUAGGGAUUCCUUCAGAGAUGCUCAGUGACCAGGGGGCGCAGUUUACAUCGGAGAUGAUGAGAGAGGUAAGCCGGCUGUUGUCUAUCAGACAACUGACUACUACGCCGUAUCAUCCCAUGUGCAACGGCUUGGUGGAGAGGUUUAAUGGUACCCUGAAGCAAAUGUUGCGCAAGAUCACUGCUGAACGGCCGAAGGAUUGGGAUCGGUUUAUCAACCCUCUGCUAUUCGCCUAUCGAGAGGUUCCUCAAGAAUCACUUGGAUUUUCACCCUUUGAGUUGCUGUACGGGAGAGCAGUAAGAGGGCCUAUGAUGAUUCUGAGAGAACUGAUGACCAAGGAUAUUCCAGAUGAGGAAGUGAAAACUACCUAUCAGUACGUGAUGGAUUUACGAGAGAGAGUGGAGGAAACUUGUCGACUGGCAUCGGAGCAACUUAAAGAUGCAAAAGUCAAACAGAAGAGGCACUUCAACCGAAGAGCGAGACAAAGAAACCUGAAAGCGGGUGACAAGGUUUUGGUACUCUUACCGACAAAGGCCAACAAGCUUCUAUUGCAGUGGAGAGGACCUUAUGACGUGAUUGAGAAGGUGGGUCCGUCAGACUAUCGUGUUGACCGUGAUGGAAAGAUCAAGGUACUCCACAUCAACCUUCUGAAGAAGUAUGAAGAACAAAAGAGCCGGGAAGACUCAAACGCAGUGACGUCCGAAGGAGUUCUGGCUUGUGUCCUGUCCAUGGUCAUUGAGGAAGAAGAAUGUAAAGAAGAAGGUCUUAGCCACGUGUUAGAGACUCUUCCGUGUGACAGAGGAAAAGGGGGAAUACAGGAUGUAGGCAUAUCUCAGGAAUUACCUGAAGAACAGAAAAGGGAGGUGAAAGAUUUACUGGAGGGAUAUAAGGAUGUGCUUACAGAUCAACCGGGAAGGACAGUCCUUAUCGAACAUGACAUCACGACUACAACUCCUGAGCCGGUGCGUGUUAAGCCUUAUCCAAUACCAUUCAACACCACGGAAGUCAUAACAGCAGAGGUGGACAAGAUGUUGAAAAUGGGAGUCAUCGAGCCUUCUUCAUCGCCUUAUUCAGCACCUGUUGUGAUCGUCAAAAAGAAGGACGGCACCAACCGCUUCUGCAUCGACUUCAGGAAGUUAAACAGAGUGACAGUCUUUGACGCCGAACCGAUGCCGAAUACGGAGGAGAUCUUUGCUAGACUGGCGGGUGCUCGUUACUUUUCGAAACUCGACCUAAGCAAAGGAUACUGGCAGGUGCCGUUGACGGAGAAAGCAAAGCCCAUGACAGCAUUCACAACGCCACAGGGAUUGUUUCAGUUCCGUGUCAUGCCGUUUGGACUAGUGAACGCUCCUGCGACUUUCAGUCGCAUGAUGAGGAAGUUAUUGGCAGGAAUGGCUCAUCUUGAGAAUUUCAUAGAUGAUAUUCUCAUUUACACCUCCACAUGGGAAGAACACUUAGACGUUUUGAAGGAGCUGUUUUCACGUCUGCGCGAGGCUGGGUUGACUGCUAAGCCAAACAAGUGCGCGCUAGCUUUUUCAAGCUUACCGUGUCUAGGGCAUGUGGUCGGAUUAGGACGACUAGAACUGGAGCAGGCGAAAGUGAAAGCAAUUGCGGAAGCGCCUACACCAACCAGCAAGAAGCAGGUGCGAUCGUUCUUGGGAUUGGCUGGAUUUUAUCGAAAGUUUAUUCCUAACUUCGCCGCCAUCAGCGUUCCCUUGACAGACCUGACUAAGAAGGGUAACCCCAACAAAGUCGUGUGGGAGGAAAGUCAUGACAUCGCAUUCAAUACUUUGAAGAAGUUGCUGACAGCAGGACCCGUUCUGAAGCUCGCUGAUAUGGAAGAAGACUUCAUCCUUCGAACGGAUGCUUCCGACACUGGUUUAGGUGCUGUUCUCCUGCAAGAGGACGGAGAUCAGAAGUUGCCAGUUGCCUAUGCGAGCAGGAAACUCCUACCUAGAGAACGGAAUUAUGCCAUAGUGGAAAGGGAAUGUUUGGCAAUAGUCUGGGGGAUCCAAAAAUUUGAGCCAUACUUGUAUGGAAGAGAGUUUGUACUGGAAACCGACCAUCAGCCACUCACUUAUGUCAACAGAUCCAGGACAGCAAACGCCAGAUUAAUGCGUUGGGCGCUGUUACUUCAGCCCUACAGAUUCCGUAUCCGAGCGAUAAAGGGUGUGGACAAUGUUGGUGCUGAUUACCUCAGCCGGAUUUGA